AUGCAAAGUGCCUGCUGUGAAGAGUUAAUCUCAUGCAGUCUUGCUUCAGCUGACAAAGUCUGCCAUUUGGGCUCUGCAUGCACUUCAUGCCAUGCCUGGACGCAAUUCAUCGAGUACCUCACCUCAAAUGUGUGCGCAGUGCUGGUGAGUAAUUUCGGGGGGUCCACAAGCGCGCUGCUGUCGGUGGAUGGCGGGCGGCUGGCGGGGCGGCUUAAAUUGGACGCGCUGUACCCCGUGGCAGGCCACAAGCGCUGCCUCGACACCCAGAACGGCUACGAGUUUCUGUACCCGAGCCGGUGGCUAUCAGACCAGCGGCUGUACCGCCGUUAUGCAGAGCGAGUGGAGCGGCAGGCCAGCCUGGACCCCCCGCCAGCCGCCAGGUCAGCGAAUAGUAGGUCUGUAGCAGAGCCCACAGCGGCGUACGGACCUCCCGGUAGCACAGGCGAGGAGAAUUUGAGUGUAGUCGUGGCCCCCAUAGCUGGGGGUUUCAAAAUAGAAAAUCUGGGGGGACCCCGGCAGGCGGCCGAGCGCUUUUUGUCGACCACUGUCGCUCCGGAGGGCUCCGGCCGAACCGCUGACCUCAUCGAUGCGUACGAGCGGAGGGAUGAGAGCGGAGAGCUGUACUACACUUUAGAGUACACUGUGCAGUCGCCCAACUUCUUCCGGCACAAUUUAUCGGUAUACGCAGCCAGGAACGGACUCUUAUACACGCUGAAUGGGCAGUGUCAGAACAGCCGGUGGCCCCAGCUGCAGGCAGACAUGAGGGUGGCUGCUGAGUCCUUCAGGGUGUCGGCUCCCAAGUCAAGCAUCCCCGGCUGGGGAUCACAGCCAUAG